AUGGAGGACCCAUUAUCAUCAUAUAAAUUAAUUAAAGACCUUAGAUCAGGAGGUGAAGGAAAAGCAAUUUUAUAUGAAAAAGAUGGUGUUAAAUAUGUUGGUAAAAAAAGACUAUUUGAUAAUUUAAAAGAUGCAAAUCAAGGUUUAAAAGAGGCAAUGUCAUUGGCUAGAAUUGUGCAUCCAAAUACAGUUAGAUUUGAGGAUGCAAUUAUGACACAAAUUGGUGACCAAAUUGAAAUUACAAUUAUGAUGGAAUUUUGUGAGAUGGGAGAUUUAUUAGAUUUUUUAAUUGAAUUAUCAGAGCCACAACAUCAUCAUACAGUUACAUUAGGAUCAGAGUUAUCAUCAUUAAAUCUUGGUAGUGAAUAUACUGGUAGUGAUAUUGAUUCUACAACUAGUAGAACAAGUUCAUCUUCAUCAACUAAUUUUGAAGCAGCUUUAUUAUUAGAGAAUAAUAAUAAUAAUACUAUUCAACAUUCACAUUCAUCUUCAUCAUUAGUUAAUGGUACAACAUCACCAACAAAUGCAACUACACCACCAAUAACAACAACAACACCAAAUAAUAGACAUUCAAUAUCAACACCAACACUUGCUGGUACAACUACUGCAACUACUGCAUCACCAUCAUCACCAUCAUCACCAUCAUCACCUUCAUCACCAUCAUCACCAUCAUCACCAUUAUCACCACAACAACAUCCAGUAACAUCACCUCAAAGAAAAUCAUCAAAAUCUGAAAGAAAAAAGAAAUGUAGUUUAAAAGAAAGAAAAUGUAUUGUAAAGAUGACUGUUGAUUUAACAAAAAAGAUAUUUAAAAAAGAUAAUAGUAACCACACUACUGCUGCUACUACUACUACCACUACCAACACUACUCAUUCAUCAUCGUCAUCGUCAAAUUUAAAUAUUGAAGAACAUGUUAUACAUUCAAAUGAAAUUAAAAAAGGUGUUGAUUCAAUUUAUUUAAUUGAACAAACUCAAUUAAUUGAAUGGUUAUUAGAUUUAAGUUAUGGAGUACAAGCCUUACAUAGGGCAUCAAUGAUUCAUAGAGAUUUAAAAUCUGAAAAUAUAUUCAUUAGUGGUUCAAAUAAAUUAAAGAUUGGUGAUUUUGGGUUAGCAAUUCAAUCAGCUCAUCAUACUGGUAGUAUUCAUAGUGAGACUGUUGGUACAUAUUGUUAUUCUUCGCCAGAAAUAUUAAAUUCAACCUAUGAUAAAACCACUGAUAUUUUCUCAUUGGGUUGUAUAUUCUAUGAGUUGAUAACAUUGAAACUAUUAUCACAUAAUCGUAUCUAUUUAGGUGAGGAUAUGUUGAAUGAUCGUUUCGAUUCAAUGCAAUUCCUUUCGACAUUCCCAGAGAAAUAUGAAAAAUUAGCACCAUUGGUGUUAUCAAUGAUCUCAAAGAAUCCAACAUUUAGACCAUCGAUUGAAUCAAUUAUUGAAACCCUACAAAAAAUGGAUACCUCUUUAUUGAAGGAAAGAGUGGUAAUUAAAAGAGAGAAUACCAUCAAAGGCAUUAGAAAACAAUUGGAUAAAUCACAUUUUCAAGAGGCUUCAUUACUUUUGGCUACUUCUUUUGUGAAGGAUCCAAGAUUUUUCAAUAUAUUUCCACCAUCGGAUCCUCAUUCAAUACCUCAUCUUCAACAUCUUUACAAAUAUAUUUUAAAAGUACUCUCAAGUUAUAAUUGCAGUAUUUGGGGUUAUUUCGCUAUCGAUGGUACAAUGGUUAGUUGUUUCGUUUGGUUAAAUCCAGAGAAAAAGAAAGAGAUUAGAUUAUCCGAUUGUAUAAAGGGUUCCCUUAGUUUAGUCACUAAAAUUGGUUUAAAAAGAGUUGGUUUAAUUUUAGAUCUUAUGCGUUUUGAUGAUAAUAUAUUAUCAAUGGCUCAAAAUAAUAAUAAUAAUCCAAAUACAAGUACAUCAAAUUUACAAACUUUUAAAGGUUCCUCCUCCUCCUCAUCCUCUUCAUGUAAUCAUUGGUUCUUAGCAUAUUGUUGUACCUCUGAGAUUUUCAGAGGUAAUGGUAUUGGUUCUCAUAUGAUUGAAAAUGUUUUAAAUUGGGCUGAUCAUAAUGGUGUUGAAACAAGAACAGUAGUUUUCGAAAACAACUCUAUUGAAUUCUUUCAACAUCAUGGCUUUGAAGUUGGCUCUGAAUUUAAAUCAAAUUUACCAAAAGGUGUUAACAAAGUUAUGGUUUUAGUUAGAAAACCAAAACAAAUUUAUUAA